AUGGACACUGGCAAUCGGAAAAUCAUUCGUCACUCGAAUGGACAAACAACUGCAUACAUUCUCGACUCUUUUGUUGAUCCUUGGAAACCAGCUGAGACCAUACUACUUCAACAUGGUUUCGGUCGAACCUUAGACCACUUCUAUCAUUGGGUUCCAGCCCUAGCUAGAAAGUACAAUGUCUUGCGUCGCGAUCUUCGAGGCCAUGGCGGCUCAAGCUACCCAGGCCCCGAUGACGACGAGGUCUACCAAUACACAACCACCACGAUUGUGGAUGAAAUCAAAGACACCUUGGAUCAGUUGAACAUUGAGAAGAUUCACUUUGUUGGAGAGUCGACGAGUGGUAUGCUCGCAGAAAUAUUUGCGGCAACAUACCCAGAACGCGUAAGCUCUGUCAUUGUGUGUUCAUCACCAACCCAUUUACCGGCCUCGGCACAGGAGUUUCUUGCUUUUGGUCUGGAGUCUUGGCCCCAGGCAUGCCGCCAACUGGGAUCAAGAGGUUGGGCAGAACGACUUCUUGGUGCGAGUGGCACUGUGGCGAGCAGUGAUCCUAACUAUCUCGCAUGGUGGAAGGACAAGGUUUCUGUUAGUGACGGAGAGGGGCUGGCAGGAUAUGCUGAGUUCUUGAGCCAGCUGGACGCUCAGCCAUACUUGGGGGAUAUCAAAGCUCCUAUGUUGAUUUUAUCGCCUACAAACAGUGCUCUUGUAAGCGUUGAGUCCAUGAAGAAGCUGACUGCGGAGGUCACCUCGUCUAAACUAGCAAUCAUCGAGUCUCAAGGGCACGAAAUUUACGCUGAGGCUGCAGAGGAUUGUAUUUCAAAGAUUAGAGACUUUCUAGGAGAACAUUAG